CACAUCUUUCCUUAUAAAAACCCUAACAAACCCCUUUUUCAUCACUCAAAAACAACAAAAAACCUCAUUCACAGAAAAACAAAACAACAUAAAAAGAAAAAAAAUGGAAUUUCCAUUUUUCCGUGCGCAUUACGAAUCUCACACACCACCACAAUACAACCACCACCAUCAUCAUUAUCAUCGUCAUUAUCAUCGUGUACCCACUACGGCGUCGUCUCGACCGAUAAAAAUCAUCGAAAUUCCCAUUCAUUCUGGGGAAUCAGUGAAGAAACGUUCCGAAUCAUCUUCAGCACUUACGAUUCAGAAAACGUUUCGAGGGUUUAGGGUUAGAAAAACGGUGAAGAAGAUUCUGGAAGUUAAGAAAGAGGUUGAUGCUGUGGAGAAGAAGCUUCAGGAGAGAGAAACUAUGGAUGUGAUUAAGAGAGAUGGUAGGGAGAAGUUGAAGGUUAAUGAAGCUUUAAUGGCUUUGUUGUUUAAGCUUGAUUCUGUUCAAGGUUUUGAUUAUGGAGUUAGAGAGUUUCGUAAGGCGGUCAUUCGUAAGGCGAUUAUGUUGCAGGAAUUGAUUGAUUCCGCCAUUGAUGAUGAUGAUGAUGGUGGCUGUACUGUGGAGGAGAGAGAAAAUGAGAUCGAUUCUGAAGGAAUUAACGGUUUGUGCGAAAUGCGUGUUGAUAAUCUGGAGAAAGUUGCGAUCGAUUCUGAAGAAAUCAAUGGUAAAACCGUAGAAAUCGAUUUGUGCCAAAUGCGUGCUGAUAAUCCGGAGAAAGUUGGAAAUGAGAGAGAAAAUUCGAUCGAUUUUGAAGAAAUCAAUGGCGAAACCCUAGAAAUUGAUGCUGAUAAUUCGAGCAAAGUUACAGAGAAGAGAGAAAAUGGAAGCAAUGUUGAUGUAAUUGAUGACGAGAAAACCCUAGAAAAAGCUGAAGAAAUUGAGACUUGUAACUCAAUGCAAGUUGAGUCUGUGAAAGAAGAAACAACAGAGGAACAAACGUCAGAUUUUGUGGAGGUAUGCAAAGAAGAUGAUCAUGAAGGUGCUGAGAAUCAUGAGGGAGAGAGGACUUUAAAGACGAAAUCAUCGUCGAACGACGAAUGGUUUGUUGUAGGUGAUGAGAAGGAGGAUAGAAAAGAGAAAUUGUUGGAGAAAAUGGCGGAAGAUAACCGAAAGUUGAUGGUAUUGGUGGCUGAUUUAUGUCAAAAGAAUACGACUCAAACUCGGAUGAUUUGCUCGUUAUCUCAGAGAGUGGAGCUGCUGGAGAAAGCUAUGACUGAUAGGUUGAGGAAGAAGAAGAAGAAAUAAGAUGGAAGUGAAAUAUUUGCAGUAGGGGCUAACGGAAGAUCACUAUGUAGAGGCGCCCAUAUCCUGGCUGAUUGGAAGUCUAAAAAAUACUCUAAAUCAGCAAUUGGAGGUUUAUCUGCAUGAAAGGAACCAAUUCGAAAAUCAUUAUUAGUUCAGAAAGAUUAAUUAGUGUCUUUUUGGGUUUUAGGCUGUAGGAAAACAUGGAGAUUGGAGAGCAUACAUCCUUCAACCUUUGUAAUGGAUUGUACGCUUAAAUAAUGGUGUAGUAUUACGAGAAAUCCCGUAUUAGAACUGAGCAAUGUUGGCUUGGGUCGGCUAGAAAUGCCUGUUUUAGCCCGGCCUGAUCCUAAACCUUCGACUCGAAAUUCGAAUCGACCUGAGUAUUGGAUCCCUUUACCCUCAUAUAUGGAUUAUCACUAUAUCAAUGUCACUCUACUUCAAAUUUUGUUGUUUUUAUUAGUUUUUUCGUAUAUGCAUUAUCAGUAACCUUAUUUACACCAACCGGUAUCCCACAAAACAUAGUUAUAAUCAAACCCGAAACAAAUCUCCUGCAAUGGAUGAUACAAGGGAUCUAAUUUCAAAAUAGUCUCCUAUAACCUUCGGAUGCAUCCCUCGAGUAUUGCUCGAGUCUCAGAAAGGUCCCAAAAGUAUGUAUGUAUAUAUGCUUUGGAAUUCCUUAUGAGCCUUACAUACAUUUAUGCACUAUAUGUAAGAACAUAUGCAAAGGAGUGAAUAAUAUAGACUUACAGCGAAGGUAUAGAUUGAUAGCAUGUGAUAAGAAACCUUUCCCAGGAACAUCCUUUAGAAGUGAAGUUAUAGGAAUGAAGCUGAGGUUGAUUGCAUCAGGCAUCAAUGAAACUGUUGGAAGCCAUUCAAGAUGGUUACUGAAUGAUGGAUCUCCCCCUCUUUUAGCUGAUAUCACAGUGAUCCCCUGCAAUGGAUGAUGCAAAGGUCAGUCCGUUCUAGAAUGAAUUAUCAACAUCUUUAGUGGGAUAUGAACAAAAAAGGUGCAUGUUUUUCGAGGGUCGGAGAACUAAUAAUAUGAUGAGAAAAGCUAAUAUACUCCCUCUGUUUCACAAUUGUUACCAUGUUUGUUUUUUUCAUAGCAUAAUAUAUAAUUUCGGCCGUCACUUAUUUAAUUAUGUGUGUUAUAUUCAA